AUGUCUCUCGAACAGAUUCGAAAUGUCGUUCUGCUGUUCAGUAACCCUGUUUGGUCGGGCGCAAACACGAUCCCCUCGACUCUCAUCAAGAACAUCACCUCUCUGUCGAGCAAGAUAGCCUACCAGGACACCAUCACAGCAAACCUCACUACGCUGAGUUCGAUAAAUUCAGAGACGCAAAAUGGCAUGAUUCGAGGUUUACUAUACGUUCCCGAUCUCAGCGUUACAAACCCAUGUUUCGAGCAGCAGUACGACAUCAUACCCCGAAAUGCUACCACGCAGGCAGAACUUCCUCCUACCAAUUACAAUCUAAUUGCCAUUGCGCCAUGGUUCAAUGCGACAUGCACAAAGGCGUAUCUUGCGUCCGCACGCCUCGAUCCCAUCCGCGCCUUCAUCUUUUACCGCCCCAAUAAUUCGACGAACGAGCCACAAGGCGCCGACUCACCGAUAUGGGAUCUUGAUGACGGCGAUGCAUGGCGUACCCAGAAUCGCUUUCCGAUUUUCGCCGUACCCGGCACCGAGGGCAUAAAAUUUAUGAAGCAGCUUAGCCUCUAUUCUGGGAACAUAUCUGAGAUUCCUCAUGGAGAGGAAAUCCAGAAAAUCUACGACGCUCAUGGCAACGACUAUAUCCGCAUAUGGACAGAGCUAACCAUCAAGGACCAUGAUAGCGUCCCAGCCAUGUGGACAUGGAUUCUCACAGUCGUCGGCGUUGUACUUUUCAUCAUCGCCUGUCUUUCACUUACGAUGCAUCUGGUACAAAGAAGACGGAGAAUCUCAUUACGAAAGAGGGUACUGAGCGGGGAGGUCGACCUGGAAGCGAUGGGAAUCAAACGAAUAACCGUACCCGUUGAUCACGCCAAGGGCUUUCCUCUUUUCACGUACAGUUACCAGCCGGAAAUGAUCAGCUCACCAUGCACAACGAGGCCACCCAGAUCUGUUAGGUCACCGCGAAGCAUGCUGACUGACCAACGAACCAUAUCCGAGUCAGCCUUUCCGAGAUCGAGGGCACGAAGAGCUAGCGUUAAUAGCUCAAAGAGCACCGUCGCCACAAACUAUCAGCCCCAAUGCCACAUUUGCUUAGAGAACUACGUGGAUCGCGAAUCCAUUAUCCGAGAACUACCUUGCGGUCACAUCUUCCACCCCGAGUGUAUCGACGAAUUCCUUGGUCUCAACAGCUCAUUGUGCCCAAUCUGUAAGAGGAAUAUGCUGCCAGUGAGCUACUGUCCCAAGAUUACCAACGGCAUGGUACGUCGCGAGCGGGCCAUUCGACGAUUGAGGGAACGGGUGGUAUUUGACGAUUCAGACGACGAAGGGGGGGAAGUGAAAAGCAAACGUUGGGGCAAGCGGCUAUUCGGUACGGACAAAGCGGCAUCAUAUGCGACAGAAACGCCCAUGACACCCGUCCUGACUUCCAAGUCUCCGAAAACAAUCCAUGAGGCAGUAAACGUCGAGACUUCUGUGGAUCUUGAAGCUGCACCCCUGUCAACCAUACAACGUGUCCUCGAACCGACGCAAGAGGAGCAAGAAGAUUCGGACCAACCCUCAAGCCAAUCUGACGGUCAAGAACCACAGCGUCAGCAACCUGAACCGCUCAGACAAACUGCGGCAGGUCCGGCUACUAAUCAUAACAAACGCCGGAAAGGAGGUGGGUUGCGGCUUCAUAUGCCUGGAUCGGACUCUCAACAGAACCAUCCACGACCAGAAGGACGCAAGAGCCCGUCUCAGCUGGCACGAGCACGAAUGAGGGCACUCGCUGGUACACCCUUGGAUGACCCAGAUGGCCGCAAUCCAGCUUGGAAACGCUAUGUCGUAAAGGUUUUCCCAGGAUUUUCAUGA